CCCAUGACUCUGAGAUAUUUUAACCACAUGUUCAGACCUGAACUACAUAAUAAGCUCUAUGUGUCUGAGCAAAGAGAUUAGUUUAAAUCCAACAGUUUUCAGUAAAACAGAGCAGACUAAUUCCAGCUGGUUGCUUUUAAUAUUUAAUGUCAAAGUAAGCAAAUUAGGUUUUCCCUCUAAAUCCAAAAGCUCCUGAUCUUAUUAUGGUAAAGAAAGCUAAUUCCCCUCUGAAUCCUUUUGAUGUCAUCCUGGUUGCCAUGGCGGUUAAACAAGACCAGCGACACGGCGUGUCCGUUUAAGCGGAUUGUCACCCAUUAGGUCCUUUGAUGAGCCAAAUCUGUUUACGUCUCGUCCAUCGCCGAGGAAGUGACUAAGAAGUGAACUUUAUGGAAAUACACAAACCACGCUUGGACAAAUAAAACAAAGUGAACACGUAUUUCGCUAAGAAACUCAGAGUCACGCUCUCUAAUCGAAAGGAAAGGUGCCUUCAAUUCAAAUCAAUCUAAAUUUUUGGAAACUAUCGAUUAACAAAUGAAGUCUUUCAUGGAAAGGAGCAAGUUCUAUUCCAUUAAAUGUUUUCACCAAAUUUUCAUCAGGUUUUUAAAUCUCUAGCAAAUCUAAAAACUUGUGAUUAUUGUUGACCUGAAAUCCCCCAUUGUAACAAUUAUAAUCAUUGUCUUUUUUAAUGAAGUAAAGGCUUUCCUGAUAACCCAUCUGUCCAUUAUCUAUACCUGAUUAUCCAUCGAGCAACGCUUUCUACUAGAAACCCUGUGACAUGUCCACGUGGACAACUGCUGAUUUAUGUAAAGUUGAAGAUGUCCAUUUUGGAGCAGGGAAUCUUUGUUCACUGCCACUCUUUGAUUUCAUAACAAUAGAAAAUUAGUUUUCCUAUAGACGCAUUGGGGUCCCAGCAGGUUGUAGUUUAUGGGAGGUAUGCAUUUCAGUCGACAUUCUUACCAAUUGCCACUCAUCUGAAGGUUACAUUUGGUUUGUUCUUCCAAACUAAUUAAGUGGUGACAUGCUAAAAUAAAUCAUUCUAACACAGAGUUGUUUGAACAGAUCAUCUCUGAUUUUGAAGCUCUUUGAACCAACAAUACUGUUAAGGUUUCCUUAUGUAUUUAUUUUCCUCCUACCCAUGUGAACAACAGGCCACCAGGGGCUGGUGAAUCAGCUUCCAUUAAUGGGGAUUUAUCUGAUUACUAAAUCUGAGAGUUGGGUUUCACCACCCUAAGGAUUUUAUAAUAAUUCACUCUGGAUCUCAGUCAUCAUUAAUGUCUCACAUUUCCCCCCCUUCAAGUCCCCUGUUACAGCUGCACAAUUCUCCAGAUCUCCCGAGGUUUCCAGCCACUGACCUCAAGGUGUCUAUAAAAGCAGGGAGCAUACUGCCACCAAUGAAUUUCACCAAGACGCCUCAAAGGGAGAAAACCAAACCACGAUCAGCAUCAGUCGGACCGUCCCUCUAACUUCAGACCAUGGACACAGCUGCAGUGGUGACUCUCCUGGCUCUGAUCCUGGCCAUGGCUGGCGUCAGUCAGGCUCUUCAUGUCCAAGGCGGCGGAGAUAAAAAUGACAUACUGGCUGGCAACUCAGAGGAGAACAUGGCCGACCGCCUGUUGGGGCUGGAGAUUGAGAGCAGAGACGACAGUCUUGACGAUCGCCUGCUGGCUUCAGUGCUAAGAGCUCUGCUGCUGGGAUUCCAGAGAGAAACCAGGGAAUCUGUCCUUCAUCAGCCACAGAGGUUUGGCCGCAGCUCCAAAGGGCAGGUAGUGUUGGAGGAUCAGAUCCAAGCUCGGGACUGGGAGGCUGCCCCUGGUCAGAUCUGGAGUAUGGCCGUGCCCCAGAGGUUUGGCAAGAAGUAGUCUGGCAGCUGGACCCGCGCAUCGCUGUUCUGGUACAAGGCUGAGCAGAAGGGGAGAUGUCUACACACUGUAUUAGAAUGAAUAAAAUCUGAAAAAUAUUAUCAUAAUUUUUUUCUUUCUGGGAAAUACUGUGGUCAGCCAAAAGGCAUUUUUUUUAUAUUUUAAAUUCACUUACAGUUGAAAUAACCUUUUUAAAUAUUUUCUUUUGUCUAUUUUCUACCAUAGAAAGCAUAUUAAGUAGUGUUUUUGUCCCUAAUGCGAAUAAUGUAAUUUAACACUCAAAGUUUUUGUUGUAAAUUGUCAAAUAAAACUGCUUUGAACUAAGAAAACUGUGUAAACAUUGAUAAAUGAGUGCAGCUCAGAAUGUACAUAAAUUUGAGUAAAUCU